GAAAGAACGGACAGGAGAGAGGAGACGGCCGUUGUCUGUCCUCGAGGCGCCGGCGCCGGCGCCGGCUGGAGAUUCCGCGCGUGACGACCAUCACGAGAGCGGAGCCCCGGCGAGGUGUAUCUCAUUCUCAGGUCAGAUUGUGUUUUCGGUUUGGUGGCGACGUGCCCCUUCUUGCUGGGUUGCUGCCGGACGGGAGGCUGAAGGUCAACGCCUGCCCUGCCGUACCUGCAGCUGCAGAGUGCAGAGCCUCUCGCGGCGUAGGAUCGAGCCAUCGAUGGGCUGCGCGUGGUCGUCGUCGCCGUCGCCGUCGCCGUCGAAGCGCGAGCAGCGCGCCCAGGGGUACGAGGAGCCGGCCGUCCUCGCCGCCGAGACCUCCUUCACGGUGAACGAGGUGGAGGCGCUGUACGAGCUCUACAAGAAGCUCAGCUACUCCAUCUUCAAGGACGGCCUCAUCCACAAGGAGGAGUUCCGGCUGGCGCUGUUCAGGACCAGCAAAGGGGCGAACCUCUUCGCGGACAGGGUGUUCGACCUCUUCGAUCUCAAGCGCAACGGGGUCAUCGAGUUCGGCGAGUUCGUGCGCUCGCUCAGCAUCUUCCACCCCAAAGCGCCUGAAUCUGAAAAGACCGCAUUUGCAUUCAAGCUGUACGACCUGAGGGGGACAGGCUACAUCGAGAAAGAAGAGCUCCGGGAGAUGGUGGUGGCGCUUCUUGAUGAGUCCGACCUAUGUCUCUCUGACAGCGCCGUCGAGGAGAUCGUCGACAAUACGUUCAGUCAAGCAGACUCGGAUGGCGACGGCAGGAUAGACCCCAAGGAGUGGCAGGAGUUCGUCAAGAAGAACCCAGCAUCGCUGAGGAACAUGUCGCUGCCCUAUCUCCAGGACAUUACGACGACGUUCCCGAGCUUUGUAAUGCAUUCGGAAGUUGAAGAUUACACUGGAGUCAGCAAAUAACAAGGAAGGCACAGUUAUCGGCCUUGAACAUAUCUGGAGGCAGUGCAUUCAGAACUGAGCUGCACACAGAAAUGCCUGAAACUCAAGUAGGAGGAGAGUAGAAGCAUCAUCUUGGUAAGCGGCCGCGGACCGGGCCUGGAUUGAGAACUAUCGCCGUUAGACUCUGGUGGUAGCUCAUCUACCGUUGCUGCCGUGAUUGGUGGUAAAUAAAAGAAUCUGGUCGUGAAAUACAUUCAGAAAUGGGUCAUUUCGUGCUAAAUUCAUGAUUAAGGAUGGAAACAGUGAGUUUGGCCCAUCUAGGUGACAGACACGGAGGGGCAACAGAGACAAUUCGCCGGGGUACCAAGAGUCCAUCCUUGUCGCUUCCCAAACCACAUCUGAGCACCCCAACCCUAACCCACAAGACAUAAUCAUUAAGUAUGAAUGUGUGUGUGUGUAAUAUGGCCGCUGAGUGUCUCACUAAAAUGGUCAUUGCCGCGCACAAAAAAGGUCUUAUCCAGGGGUUUGUUGCUGAUUUAAUUGAGAGUGGAGUUGCUAUCUUGCAAUGUGCGGAUGAUAUGGUCUUGUGUUUUACUCAUGAUCCUUCUAAAGCUGUUAACAUCAAAUUGCUGCUUUAUUUGUUUGAGCUUAUGUCUGGAUUAAAGAUCAACUACUUAAAAAGGUAA